AUGAUGGGCACUUAUGCCCAGCGCAUCCACUGCGCGCUUGGCAGCUCUUCGAUGGAAUGCAACAUCGUCUCCUCGAAUGGAUUGAUCGCCGCGCUCGCAAUCGCCGAUCUGGAGCUCAUGGACCAGGCGUUUGAUCGAAUGCCCCACACGGAUUCCAUCUCGUGGAACACGGUGAUGACGGCGCACCCCCAAUCCGGGGACCUGGAGCGCGCCAAGGCGGCGUUUGAUCGAUCGCCCAGGAGAGAUCUCGUGUCCUGGAACGGGAUGAUCGCGGCGUACGCGCAGCACAGCCAGAUGGAUCGAGCGAGAGUGGUGUUUGAAAUGAUGGGCGAUCGAAACACCACGUCCUGGAACACCAUGGCCGAGGGCUACUGCCGGAGUGGAUGUGUUCCGCGUGCUCGAUCUUCCACGGCAGCCCACAGCGCGAUCUCCCCUCUCCUGGACCGCGAUGAUGGUGGCGUUCGCGGAGAAUGGGAUCGUCGACGGCGUCAAGAACCUCUUCGACCGGAUCCCGCACAGGGACGCGGUGUGCUGCACGGCGAUGCUGGACGCGCUGGCGGCGCAGGAGCGCGUGAUCGAGGCGGAGGAGGUUUUUGCCUCGAUGCGCGAGAGGGAUGGAGCGGCUUGGAACGCGAUGAUCCAGGCCAAUGUCGUCAACGCGCGCCUGGAUCAAGCCAAGGGGCCGAUCGAUCCCUGGAGUGCACCAGGAUCUGUACGAUCGGAUGUCCCAGCACGGGGUCUCAUCGUAGACGUAGCAUUUGCCCGAGGCGGUCCCAGUUGCGAGAGGCCAAGGCCUUGUUUGAUGUGAUGCCCAAGUGGAAUCUUGUUGCCUGGAACGUUAUGUUGUGCCUGUAUGCCCAGAAUGGGGCUUUUGGAGGGUGCAAAGAACCUCUUUGA